AUGAGCUUCACCUGCAGGGAGGGGAGAAAGCAAAAGGAGCGAGCAGGGUUCCACAAGAACCAACAAGGAGAGCAGGCGCCCUGCAGCCGGAGCUUCCUCAAACUCACUGCCAUGGAGGUGAAGUGGAUCCACGUCCUGGUCAUCCUCCUCUUCCUCCUCUCCGUGGCCAUGACCGGCUGCUUCCUGUGGCAGUACAGCCUCCCCAAGGUGGAGCCCGGUCCAUCCGUGAUGGAGGUGAGGUCAGAAGCCGUGCAGAUGUGUCCCCGCUAUCCUGAGCCGGUCCCGCUGGACCAUCCCCUCCCCAUCCUGAAGGAAGCACUGGAGAAGGUGGAUCAGAUGCUGCGGCAGAAGAUGCACAGCUCCGGCCUCCCGGCCAUGUCAGCCAUCGUCAUCUACAACGACACCGUGCUCUGGACGGGCAAUUUCGGGAAGAAGAACGGCUCUGACCCCACCUCAGGGCUGCCCAAUGAAUACACCAUCUACAGAAUUGCCAGCGUCUCCAAGAUCUUCCCCACCAUCAUGUUGUACAAGAUGUGGGAGGAAGGAAAAGUGACAUCCCUGGAUGACCCACUGGAGCGUUAUGCCCAGAACUUUGUUAUCAAGAACCCUCUGGGGAGGCUGAAGGACUCAGAGCAGAGAUACACAGCGGACGGGCUGGUGUUUUUGGAAAAAGGCUCGAUGCCACUGAAGCCAUCCCCGGUCACCCUGCGCAGAAUGGCCAGCCAGCUCUCAGCAAUGCAGGCGCCCUGCAGCCGGAGCUUCCUCAAACUCACUGCCAUGGAGGUGAAGUGGAUCCACGUCCUGGUCAUCCUCCUCUUCCUCCUCUCCGUGGCCAUGACCGGCUGCUUCCUGUGGCAGUACAGCCUCCCCAAGGUGGAGCCCGGUCCAUCCGUGAUGGAGGUGAGGUCAGAAGCCGUGCAGAUGUGUCCCCGCUAUCCUGAGCCGGUCCCGCUGGACCAUCCCCUCCCCAUCCUGAAGGAAGCACUGGAGAAGGUGGAUCAGAUGCUGCGGCAGAAGAUGCACAGCUCCGGCCUCCCGGCCAUGUCAGCCAUCGUCAUCUACAACGACACCGUGCUCUGGACGGGCAAUUUCGGGAAGAAGAACGGCUCUGACCCCACCUCAGGGCUGCCCAAUGAAUACACCAUCUACAGAAUUGCCAGCGUCUCCAAGAUCUUCCCCACCAUCAUGUUGUACAAGAUGUGGGAGGAAGGAAAAGUGACAUCCCUGGAUGACCCACUGGAGCGUUAUGCCCAGAACUUUGUUAUCAAGAACCCUCUGGGGAGGCUGAAGGACUCAGAGCAGAGAUACACAGCGGACGGGCUGGUGUUUUUGGAAAAAGGCUCGAUGCCACUGAAGCCAUCCCCGGUCACCCUGCGCAGAAUGGCCAGCCAGCUCUCAGGUCUGCCCAGGAGGCUGCGAUCCACCAGCCUGCUCUGGAAGGGCAACACGCAGGAUGCCCUUGCUCUGCUCAAAGACGACGUCCUGGUGGCUGACCCAGGAACCAGAUGCCACUACAGCAACCUGGCCUUCUCCCUGAUGGCUCACGUGCUGGCUGACCACGCUGCCGACGGGCAGUACCAGCGCUGGGUCUCGGAGAACAUCCUGGACCGCCUGGGCAUGGAGGACACCGGCUUCGACAUCACGGCGCCCAUCCGCUCCCAGAUGGCCGUGGGCUUCUACGGCAGCCAGCAGCCGGCCCCGCUCUACGACCUGGGCUGGUACCGGCCCUCUGGCCAGAUGUACUCCACGGCUGCCGACCUGGCCAAGCUGGCCAUGGUCUUUUUGGGCACUUACCACCGCCGGCUGCUGGAGCCCGACACGGUGAAGACGAUGCUGACGCCCCUGUUGAAAUGCUCCACUGAAUACUUCGCCAACAAGACGGGCACGCCCUGGGAGAUUAACGAGCAGCUGGGGUAUGAUGUUGUCAGGAAGGAUGGGGACCUUGAUGGUUACUCAGCCACCUUCUCUCUCAUCCCCAAGCUCCGCCUGAGCUUCAUCGUGCUGAUGGCGGGGCCCAGACCUCAGGGUGGGGACAUUGUGACUCGGACAUAUGAGUAUCUCAUCCCUGCCAUGGAGACAGCCUUCAGAGAGGCCGACAAAAGCUUGGUUCCUCCUCCAAACCCAAUCCCUUAUGUUGGCUACUACACCUAUUCCAACCUGACUUUCUAUGAGAUCAAAGUUGGAAUGGGUGGGGUGCUGGUCAUGCAGCAGUUCGGGCCUCACGUGGAAGAGCUGAUCCCUGAAAAGUAUCGGACAAUCAAGCUCCACCACCUGGAAGACCGUGUUUUCCAAGUCGUUUUCGACAAGGAAUUCCCAUGUGUUCUGCACCUGGGCUCUGCCUCCAUCUCACUGGAGACGCAGAACGGGCAGCUCUUUAACUUCUACCCCUUCGACCGCAAGGGUUUGUCCCCCGGCUUUGACGCCCCGGGGCUGAACACCUACAACGUGGUGCGUGUCCUGCGCAAGCCCGUGUUCUACAGCUAAACAUUCCCUGCUCCUCCCUCCCCUCCCGGGAGCUGCCUCCAAAUCUGUGUCUUACCAGACUCUCCUGCCCGCGUGGCUUCGUGGAUGCCAUUCUAAAGGGAAGGGUGGAGGCAAAUGACUCUUUUGCCAAACAAAUCCUCCCCGUUUUUAAGACUGCUUUUAAUGACUUGUCACUGGACCCCAGCAGUGCACGACAGGCCUGAUGGCAGCUGGAGAUACCUGCAGGAAAAAGAGGUUGGGAAUGUGCUGGAUGGAUGUGUUUGGAUGCCAUUAAAA